GGGUGCUGGGCCUGCCAGCUGAUGUGAGGCGGUCGGUUCCCCGGCUGCAGCGACCUCCCCGUCCCGGCCUCGGCCUCGGCCUCAGCCGGCGUGUCUGUGUGGUCUUUGUUUAUUUGAAAACCAACAAUGACGUCUAUCAUAAAGCUGACCGCCAUUUCUGGAGUACAGGAGGAAUCUGCCCUCUGCUAUUUGCUGCAGGUGGAUGAAUUCCGCUUUCUGCUUGAUUGUGGCUGGGAUGAAAGCUUCUCCAUGGACAUAAUAGAUGCCCUGAAAAAAUAUGUUCAUUUGGUUGAUGCAAUCCUACUUUCUCACCCUGAUCCCCUACAUCUGGGAGCACUCCCUUAUGCUGUUGGAAGACUAGGUUUAAACUGCUCAAUUUAUGCCACUAUUCCAGUUUACAAGAUGGGGCAGAUGUUUAUGUAUGAUCUCUAUCAAUCACGGCACAAUACCGAAGAGUUCUCCCUAUUUACUUUGGAUGAUGUGGAUGCAGCAUUUGACAAGAUUCAGCAACUGAAAUACUCUCAGAUUGUCAACUUAAAAGGUAAAGGACAUGGUCUAUCCAUAACUCCGUUACCUGCAGGUCACAUGAUUGGAGGAACAAUUUGGAAAAUUGUGAAAGAUGGUGAAGAGGAGAUUGUGUAUGCAGUUGACUUUAACCAUAAGAGAGAAAUCCAUCUGAAUGGAUGUUCACUGGAAAUGAUUAGCCGGCCUUCAGUACUCAUCACAGAUUCUUUCAAUGCCACCUAUGUUCAACCUCGAAGGAAACAACGUGAUGAACAAUUGCUUACCAAUGUCCUGGAGACCUUGCGUGGCGAUGGAAAUGUGCUGAUUGCUCUGGAUACAGCUGGCAGAGUGCUGGAACUAGCUCAACUUUUGGACCAAAUCUGGAGGACAAAGGAUGCAGGGUUGAGCGUGUACUCUCUUGCUUUACUCAAUAAUGUUAGCUAUAACGUGGUGGAGUUUUCAAAAUCUCAGGUAGAAUGGAUGAGUGACAAGUUAAUGAGAUGCUUUGAAGACAAGCGAAACAACCCCUUUCAAUUUCGACACCUUUCUUUGUGCCACAGUCUUUCGGAUUUGGCUCGAGUGCCUAGUCCAAAAGUGGUGCUUGCUAGUCAGUCCGAUAUGGAGUGUGGAUUUUCACGUGACCUUUUCAUACAAUGGUGUCAGGAUCCAAAGAAUUCUGUGAUUCUCACGUACAGAACAUCACCAGGUACACUGGCCAGAUAUUUGAUAGACAAUCCUCACACCAAAAAAAUGGAAAUAGAGAUUAGACGUCGUGUAAAAUUGGAAGGGAAAGAAUUAGAAGAGUAUUUGGAGAAAGAAAAGCUCAAGAAAGAGGCAGCUAAAAAACAGGAACAAGAGAAAGAACGAGAUGUUGACUCUAGUGACGAGAGUGACGUUGAAGAAGACUUGGACCAACCGCUGACUGGAAAAGCCAAACAUGAUCUCAUGAUGAAAAGUGAGAGUAGCCGCAAAGGAAGUUUCUUCAAACAAGCUAAAAAAUCAUAUCCCAUGUUCCCAGCCACAGAAGAGAGAGUGAAGUGGGAUGAAUAUGGAGAAAUAAUACGAGCUGAGGACUUUUUAGUUCCAGAGCUGCAGGCAACAGAAGAAGAAAAAAGCAAACUUGAUUCUGGUCUGACUAAUGGAGAAGAACCUAUGGAUCAGGAUCUAUCUGAUGUUCCAACCAAGUGUGUUUCAGCAACAGAAACCAUAGAUAUCAGGGCAAGAGUGACGUAUAUUGAUUACGAAGGACGUUCAGAUGGUGACUCUAUCAAAAAAAUAAUUAAUCAAAUGAAACCCCGUCAGUUAAUUAUUGUUCAUGGGCCCCCAGAGUCCAGCCAAGACCUUGCUGAAUCAUGCAAAGCAAUUGGUGGAAAGGACAUUAAAGUUUAUACACCAAAGCUUCAAGAAACAAUAGAUGCUACAAGUGAAACUCAUAUUUACCAGGUUAGACUGAAGGAUUCUUUGGUCAGUUCUCUUCAGUUCUGCAAAGCAAAGGAUGCAGAAUUAGCUUGGAUAGAUGGUAUCUUGGACAUGCGGGUAUCAAAAGUUGAUACAGGGGUCAUUCUGGAAGAGGGGGAGUUAAGAGAGGACGAAGAAGGGGAAAUGCAGGUCGAUGCUCCUUCAUCAGGUUCAGAUCAAGUUGCGGCUCAACAAAAGGCAAUGAAGAGCCUUUUUGAUGAUGAUGAAAAAGAGACCAAUGAAGAUAUUGAUGUAAUUCCCACACUGGAACCACUGUCACCCAAUGAGGUUCCUGGUCAUCAAGCAGUCUUUAUUAAUGAGCCAAGAUUAUCUGAUUUUAAACAAGUUCUUUUGCGGGAAGGUAUCCAGGCAGAAUUUGUUGGAGGUGUACUUGUCUGCAACAAUAUGGUAGCUGUUCGAAGAACUGAGACAGGACGCAUUGGAUUGGAAGGAUGCUUGUGUGAAGAUUAUUAUAAAAUAAGGGACCUUUUAUAUCAACAGUAUGCAAUUGUAUAAUUACACAUGGAAUUCUCUUCAAAAACUCAAUUCUCAUUACGAGGAGUCUUCUAAAUCACUGGAAGGCAUAGAUGUGAUGUGAAAAAUCGGGAGAUUUUUUUUCUAUCUACAAUGCUAGUUCUUUGAAUCUUGCAUUUAGUUUUCUUCUCUCGUGUCACUGAAGGGAAUUUGAAAUCAAAUUUGUAUUUGUGUAUCUCAAGUCAGCUCUGUUAAACAUAAGAUUACGUUCUCUCUCAACAGUAGUUUACUGUAGAAAUUUGGUAAUGACGUACAGUUCAUAUGAUGGUUUACAGAGUCUGUGAACAAAUGUAUUUGCAAUACUUAGUUCACCUGUUUACAUGAUUAUAGAAGUGCAGCUUGAGCUUUGAAACACUGUCAUUUUAUCAAGCUGUGUAAAACUAACUUAACCUAUAGAAGCUAAAAAAGGUGACCUUUCAACCAAGAGGAGUUUGAAGCAUUUUGAAAGUUUUAAUUUUUUUCAAACUACUAAGAUGCGUUUUGGUGGGGAUAUUGGUUAACUCACCCUAUACAAUAUAAUACAGUACUAUUAAAGUUGGUUAUCAGGCUUUUAUAAAGUUAUAUAAAUGCAGGACACAUUGACACACAGAUGUUGUAAAUAGUUAUGUUGAGUUUGUAAAGAAGAAAAUGCAAUGCGAAAUUGUUACAAAUAAAUUGUAACUUAGUUUUGAAAUCCAAAAAUAAUAAAUUGUUUAUAAAACUUCA